GUAACUACAGCUGUUUGGUGGCGGAAUUCUACCUGUCGCGGUCAGUGGGCUUCCACCUGGUGCAGAGCUACCUGCCGACCAUCCUGAUAGUGGUCAUUUCUUGGGUCUCCUUCUGGAUGGAUGUGGACUCUGUGCCAGGGCGCACCACCCUCGGAGUCACCACACUCCUGGCUGUGUCCUCACAGAGCUCUGGCAUUCAGAGUGGACUGCCCCAAUGCAGGGACACACGAUCCGGCGACAUCGCCGUCCGGUUGCAAGAAGUACACAGGAAGGCAUGGGGCAGAACACACGACGCCGGCGACGGGCGGACGGCGAAAACGCCGGCCCGGCGAGAAAUUGACCCGGCGAUAUCGACGGGUUUCUCUACCUCGCCGUCCGGUUUUGCCGCCGGAAAGCACGUUCGUGUUCUGCGCGUUGCUCGAGUUCACGUUCGUGAACUACAUGUGGCGCAAACUGUCUCCGGAGAUCUGCGCAAAACUCUGAUCCAUGACGGAGUAAAUGGUGAAGUCAUCACUAAGGGUGCUCCCCAAUUGGCAACCGAGCAACAAGAUGAGGCGGUUGCUGUUACUGUUGUGAAGAAAGUGAUCCUAACUCACGGAGAUUUGUCAGGUCACGUGACAAACAAAAACAUGAUAAUGGCACGACAGAUAGACGAAUAUUCGAGGCUCUGCUUCCCACUAGCUUUCGCUCUCUUCAACGUCCUCUACUGGUCAUACUACUUGGCAUAAACUGAGAGAGAAAGUGAAUAACUUACUGCUCAUACUACCUGGCAUAAACUGAGAGAGAAAGUGAAUAACUUAGUGGUCAUACUAUCUGGCAUAAACUGAGAGAGAAGGUGAAUAACUUACUGGUCAUACUAUUGGCAUAAACUGAGAAAGAAAGUGAAUAACUUACUGGUCAUACUAUCUGGCAUAAACUGAGAGAGAAAGUGAAUAACUUACUGGUCAUACUAUCUGGCAUAAAAUAAGAGAGAAAGUAAAAAACUUACUGGUAAUACUAUCUGGCAUAAACUGAGAGAGAAAGUGAAUAACUUACUGGUAAUACUAUCUGGCAUAAACUGAGAGAGAAACUGAAUAACUAUCUGGUCAUAUUAUAUAAUAAUAAACUGAGAGAGAAAGUGAAUAACUUACUGAUCAUACUAUCUGAACAUAUGUGUUUGUCAAGUUCCGUUCAAUCUAAUUGAAUCUAUAAGGAUUAAGUUAUCAACAUUUUGUUAAUAACUUUGGUGUAAACGCAGCUUUACUUUAGCUGAUAGUCAAUGAUAUAAUUUUUACUGACGAAAUUUUCAUAUUGAAACUGCUUGAAACGAAGAUGGAAUUUAUGCAGUUCCAAUACAAAUUUUUCACCAAUUCCAGAGUGGUAUUGAGUUCUCUCAUCUAUCAAUGAUAUAAUUUUUACUGGCGAAAUUUUCAUAUUGAAACUGCUAGAACGAAGAUAAAAUUUAUGCAGUAAUAUGCAGUUUCAAUAUAAAUUUCCACCAAUUCCAGGGUGGUAUCGAGUUUUCCCAUCUACCCAACCAUCUUUGAAACAGUGUCAGGGUGGGCCUACGUCCUUGUUAGCUGAAGAUGGGACCAAGUGUCUUGAAACGCGUUCAGAAAUUGAAGAAACAUGUUAAAUUGGUGUGAAAAUGAAUGAAUUUAAUACUAUACCUAUAUCCGAUCACCUCACAAUGAUUGUUGAGUGAAAAACAUUUAAGGGAAGAAAUUUUAAUGUUUGUUGAGUGGUAAAAAAUUCAGGGAAAGAAAUUGUAAUGUUUGUUGAGUGGAAAAAAAUUCAAGGAAAGAAAUUGUAAUGUUUGUUGAGUGGAAAAAAAAUCAAGGAAAGAAAUUGUAAUGUUUGUUGAGCGGAAAAAAAUCAGGGAAGAAAUUGUACUGUUUGUUGAGUGGAAAAAAAUCAAGGGAAGAAAUUGUAAUGUUUGUUGAGCGGAAAAAAAAUCAGGGAAGAAAUUGUAAUGUUUGUUGAGUGGAAAAAAAUUCAAGGGAAGAAAUUGUAAUGUUUG